GUCGAACAAACAACGGACACGAUUUACAGCGUGCUUGUCCAUGUGAAAUGGAAAAGUCAGAGCUUCAUCUCCUGGUGCUUAUCUCGGCCGUCCAUCUUCGAUCAGACGUCCGUGCCCUUAAGAGAUCGAGAUCGAGAUCCCAGGGCAGCGGCAGGCUAUGGGUGCUUUGACCUACAUAUUCAGACGAAGGCAUGGCAAGAUGAGACGUCCGUGACAAUUGAAGUGCUCUGCAGAUGGCCUUGAUGCUUGCACUGGAGACUGGAGAUGGCCGAGAGGACGCCGGAGGCCUAGCAGAAGGCAAUCAGGCGCGAGCCGGAGGCCGUGAGCGCAUGUUCGAGAAGGUGGUGACGCCGAGCGACGUGGGGAAGCUGAACCGGCUGGUGGUGCCAAAGCACUUCGCCGAGAAGCAUCUCCCGCUGCCGGGCGCCGUGGCGAGGGCCGGCGGCACCGUGCUCUGCUUCCACGACGCGCGGGGGCACGCCGCGUGGCGCUUCCGCUACUCCUACUGGAGCAGCAGCCAGAGCUACGUCAUGACCAAGGGCUGGAGCCGCUACGUCCGCGACAAGCGCCUCGCCGCCGGCGACACUGUCGCCUUCUGCCGCGACGGCACGCGGCUCUUCAUCGACUGCCGCCGCAGGAGCCGCGGGGCCACGCCACCCGCCGUGCCGGCCCUUCUGCCACAGGCCUUCUUCGUCCCCCAGGUGCAGCACAUGGCGCCGCGCGUAGAGGAGCCGGGCGGGCGGUGCCUCCGGCUGUUCGGCGUCAACCUGCAGCUCCGUGCCGAGCCGGUCGUGCUGCUUGAUUUUCAGCUUUAAUUUGAGUUGCAUCGAUCACUAAUCUGUCGGUGCCAUCGGAUGCAUGAUUUCAUCAUUUAAAUAUGCUGGAAAUUUGGUAGAUGUCGCAUGAUUUCAAUUGUAAUUGUAACCAGAAUUAUAUAUAUUACUCGAGAAAGAAAGAAACACGUCCAAAUGGUUGAGAAUUGUAACCGGAGGCACGGAGCUCGGCACGAAGAAGGCCUGCGAAAGAAUCGGUUGAGAAUCAGUUUGUCGUAGAAUCAUCCAAAGGGGCCCUAUACCGGCUCGUGGAGAAUUGGGAUCAUGCAGAUAUCCAUCCUAUA